AUGGCCUUUGCUGUGCAAACAUCUUCCGGCGUUCGUCCUUCUACUCGUGUAGCCGGGGAUGCUGCUGCUUUGAUUUCGCCGGCCAAUUCCAAGCAACGCGGUCGCGGCUCCUGGCGAAAUCUCCUCUGCUCUCACUGCCAUAACACUGGCCAUGAGGUUUCUGAGUGCUUUCAAUUGAUCGGGUACCCAAAAAAUUGGCCUCUUAUUCGAUCGAAUAGUGGCGGCGGCGGUGUGGAAAAGGUCGCGGAUCUGGUCACGGUUCUCAAUUGGGUUCUAGUUCAACAGGCUCGGUUGGUUUGGCUGGCUUGGUUGGGUCGGUUCCUGGUGCAGCUGUUCAUACUGCGGUUCAACCGAUUUCUGGUUUCGGUUCGGGUGUUUCCACCGGCGCGAUUAUUGGUUUGA